ACAGCAAAACAAGAAAGAUGAGCAGGAAAAUUACGGGUGAUGCUGGUGCAUCUGAGUCCGGAGAAUCUCGGUCAGACUCUGAAGGUUCCAUAGAAAAGCAGUCCAGACAGUCGACAUCUGUCCCAGCGUUCCUGAAUUUGUCCCCGUGCGCCGGCUGCUACAGUCGGAAACAACACUCCAUGUCUCAGCUGUGUGACGACAGCUCCUCGGAAGCCAACUCCGGAUCAGACUGGGACUCGGAUUCAAUCUCUAGCAGCAGCAGCAGCAGUUCAGGUCCUGAGGUGCUGUUGGAGAAACCAGAAGUGGAGGAGGUCUCAAAUGGAGACACUGCUGAUCCUGGGUCUGUUGGACAGGACGGCAAUGGGCAACACGAGACCGUGCAGAAUCCAGAGUGCAAGGGAGACAAAAACGUGAGGAAAAUACGAAGUGUCAGGUUUGACAAUUCUGUCUGUCAGGUGUCCUCGUCCCUCGUCCCCUUUAGCCUCCUGCCCCGCCAGCCUACGGUUGUCUCAACGCUCCACCUGCAGGUGUUGCCCGAGAACCCUGACGCUGAAGGCUUUCAGAGUAUUCACCAACACUUACUGGAGCUAGAAGAGGACAACAUGACCGAGACACCAGGAGAAGGUCAGACAGAUGGUCUGCUGCGUCCGCAGCCAAUCCAGUGGCAGUAAACAUCGUUACCAUGGCAGCAACCAACAUUACAACAUCAGUAUCAAUGACCUGACCAACAACAACUGGACCAGCCUCAGCGUGGCCCUCCACACCAACGUACACCCCAAAUACACGUGCACGCUCUCAAUGCAGAGACAUACCCGUGUGCCUGUGCACAUUCUCCGUGCACAGACUGCAGUCCAUCCAGCAAUG